AUGGAUAUUCUACCAUGGACGUUUAUGUCUCGACAUGUUCAUCAAGCUUGUGCAGAUGGUCGUACUAAUGACAUUGAACAAAUGAUUCGUGAAGGUGCUGAUUUGAAUGAUGCUGACGAAGUUGGCAAUACGCCGUUAUGGCUAGCUUAUAUAAGUGGACAUUUGGAUACUGUCUUUGCGCUCUUGGAAUUCAAUGUGGAUAUUAAUCGAAGAACAGGAUCAAUCUUAGCGUCAGACUUCCAUCGAGCAUGCGGAUGGGCCGAUGAGGUUUUCAUCGAUAUUCUAUGCAAUUACAAGGCGAAUCUUAAUCUUACCGAUCGUUAUGGUAAAACACCGUUGAUCUAUGCGAUUGAGUAUCGUGCAUCAUUAUCUGAUUCGAAUGAAGAAGAUCUCAUUCGUUUGUUGAUCACUAAAGGUGCGAAUAUUAAUCAUGUCGAUAUGUCCGGAUUGACUCCGAUAUUCUACGCGAUAUAUCGUGGUAUACCUGCCAUCGUCAAGCUUUUGUUAACUUACGGAGCAGAUUAUACAUUUGAAAAUCUUCUGGGUUAUUCACCCUUUCGCUAUGCACUGGGUUGCUUGUCAUAUACUAGCCCGCAUGAGAGCGAAAUUUACCGGGGGCGUUUAGAUGUCGUCGAAAUUCUUCUCAAACAAUUUUCGACGAAUGAAAAUGAAUUGAGACAGACAAUUAUCGGAUGUACACCGAACAUUCCCUAUUUAUUUCCCUUAUUUGACUUUAUUUUCUAUUGUCGCAUGAAGACACUUGAUAGUUUAGAGAAAAUCGGGUGGAAAAUUUAUGAAGAAACCAAUUGGCCUUGUCCAACUCUUUACGGAAAUCUGUUGAUCAGUCAAAAUUUGAUUGUUUUCAAUCACAAUCUUGAACAUAUUAUCUAUUUUCUUCAACGAAUGUAUAUAGAAAACUAUCGAGAGUUAAUUCUAUUCUAUUUACAACGAGUCAUCAAAGAUAGAGAGUCGACGAAUCGAUUCGGACUGUUACUCUACUGCGCAUUAGUCGAAAUGGGUGGUACUCGUUCGUAUGUUGAUAUGUUAAAAUAUUUGCUUGAAAAUCAACGAAUUUAUCUGUUUAAACAACGUCGAGAAAUGAUCAAAACUAUUUUGAUCCUAUGUCAACAAGCACCAUUACGUCUCUCAGCAUUGUGUCGACGUAAAAUUCGUCAAGGUGUUCAGUCGUCGAUCGAUCGACGAAUCUCUCCGAAUGAAAUUUUACCAACAGAUCUUCAACGUUAUUUAAUUCUCGAUGAAUUAACUUUAUUUUCAUCGUCACCAUCGAAUAAACGAUUACUUUUAUUAAUUGAACAAUCUAUUUCCAUAUCGAACCAAACGUCGCAAUAA